CCGGCCCCGGAGGUGUCAGCUCUGACCCAGCCUCCCGGAGCCGACGCCCGCAGCCUCCUCUCUCUCCUCACCCUGCUUGGAACCCGCCAACAGGUGGUUGGAGCUCUGUGGACUUUGAGGAAACCUGGACCAGAACCUGGCUCAAUAGGAUGCCCCCGUGUCCUCCUCAGCAGAGCAGAAACAGGGCAACACAGCUGCCUGCUGGGGAGCUGGGUGAGAUGGAACUGACUUGGCAAGAGAUAAUGUCCAUCACCGAGUUGCAGGGUCUAAAUGUUCCAAGUGAGCCAUCAUUUGAGCCCCAAGCCCCAUACUCUGGACUGCCACCACCCACAACCUACUGCCCCUGCGCAGUCCACCCGGAUUCAGGCUUCCCCCUUCCUCCGCCAUCGUAUGAGAUCCCAGCAUCCACGUCCCAUAUCCCAGACCCCUCAUACUCCUACAGCAACAUGGUCAUACCAGUGUCCAAACCACUGACCCUCUCAGGCCUGCUCAAUGAGCCCUUCCCAGACCCCUUAGCCCUCCUGGACAUUGGGCUGCCAGCAGGGCCACCCAAGCCCCAAGAAGACCCAGAGUCCGAUUCAGGAUUAUCGCUUAACUACAGUGAUGCUGAAUCUCUUGAGCUGGAGGGGACGGAGGUGGGUAGGCGGCGGAGUGAAUAUGUGGAGAUGUACUCAGUGGAGUACCCCUACCCACUUAUGCCCAACUCCUUGGCUCACCCCAACUAUACCUUGCCUACUGCUGAGACACCCUUGGCCUUAGAGCCCUCCUCUGGCCCUGUGAGGGCUAAGCCUGCUUCACGUGGAGAGGCGGGGAGUCGUGAUGAGCGUCGGGCCCUGGCCAUGAAGAUCCCCUUCCCUACGGACAAGAUUGUCAACUUACCUGUGGAUGAUUUUAAUGAGCUAUUGGCUCGGUACCCACUGACGGAGAGCCAGCUGGCUCUCGUUCGGGACAUCCGACGGCGGGGCAAGAACAAGGUAGCCGCCCAGAACUGUCGCAAGAGAAAGUUGGAAACCAUCGUGCAGCUGGAGCGGGAGUUGGAGCGGCUGGGCAGUGAGAGGGAGAGGCUUCUCAGGGCCCGAGGGGAGGCGGAUCGCACCCUGGAGGUCAUGCGUCAACAGCUGGCAGAGUUGUACCUUGACAUUUUCAAGCACCUUCGAGAUGAAUCUGGCAACGGCUACUCCCCUGAGGAGUAUGCAUUGCAACAGGCUGCAGAUGGGGCCAUCUUUCUGGUGCCACGGGGAACCAAGAUGGAGGUCACAGACUGAGCUGGCCCAGGGUGUGUGGGACAGGUGAUGGGGAUGUUCUUCAUUCUCUUAGAGAAAGGUAUUCCUCAAUACUGGGACCUAGGUUUUUCAGGCCUGAGGACAGAGGCAACCCUGGCAUUUGGAAGCACUAAGUGUGUUCAGUGAGGCUUGCCUGGAGGCUAGUAGAGGGACUUAGCUUCCCAGGCCUCCAGCCUUCACCUCUUGUCUAAGCUUUGGUCUAUAAAGAGCUCUGUGCAAACA